AUGUCCAAGCCACGCAAGAGCAGCAUAGACGGUGCCCGACGCACUACCAAAGCACACAUCCCCUUCCGAGCAGACGACCUAACACAUGGAAAGAAGACAGGCUUCAACGUCCGCGAAGUCGACCGUCGCUCAGAUGGCUUUGAGAAAUUCGACGAUGUACUUAACCAAGCAGAUGCUUUCACACCACCACAUAUGCGCGGACGUCGACGCAAUUAUAAUCGAGAGUUGACCCCUCCGGACGAAGAUGAGUUUGACGAAAACGGUGAGAUGUCUAUGGAUAUUGACGAUAGUGCCCCGAAUGUCUAUUUCAAUAAUGCCCCUCGGCCGAGUGCACCGUCGAGCGCGAAUCGCUCCGCUGCCACCGGUCUCAGCUCGAACCGCUCUUCCUACAUUGACUUUGAUAGCAUCCCUUCACCUCGUCCUUCAACCUCCUCGCAACGUAUGCGCUCACAAGCAAAUGGUUCUGGUGGAGUCACGCCACUAGGCCGCAAGAAGUCAAACCUUUCUCACCAAACAGUCGUCCCCUCCAGCCCAGAGGACAGUGAGAGUGACAACGAACCUUUACCAGACCCUCCACCUGGAGAUGACUUUGAUAUGGGAUACGACUUCGGGGGUUAUGGUAACGACCGGCCCGCCGUUGAGUCGUCAUCACCUGUCGCAGCAAGGACAAGCUUCACAGAAAUAGCUCAAGACGACACCGACCCACCUCCCAUGGACGACAUCCGAAUAUCGUCCCCACCCGUAAGGAUCGAAAAGAAGAAGAAACCAACGAGACAAAAGGAAAGUGUAGCAGAGGAGGAAAUGGCAUUGGAGGAGGAAAUCGAGCGAGGCUUAAGGGAACUUGACGACAACACCGACGCCGAAGGCGAGGAAGAGCAGGAUAGCAAAGGGAACCAAAGUUCGAAAUCUCAAAAACGGACGAGGAGCGAGGAGCAAGCGCUGAAGGAGAAGAAGAAGCCUGAAAACCAAGAAAACAUCAUGCCAAACGGUGUCCGUCGCGGCACUCGCGCACGUUACAAACCCCUAGAUUGGUGGCGCUGCGAAAAAGUCGUAUACGGGCGACGAGAGUCCGGUACGUCAAUGGUGCCCGUCAUCAAGGGUAUCAUUCGAAUACCGAAGGAACCUACGGGUCCGCUUGGGAGUAAAGGCAAACGAACUAGACGUAGUCGGAGUAAAGCACCGCAAGGUGAUGACGAGGAGGAAGAGGAUGUGGUUGUGUUCAAUCCUGAGGAAGGGUGGGAUGAUAAGACUGACCCGACGGGUGUUGUGUUGGAUUAUCAUAGUGGGAAGGAGGUUCAACGAAGACUGGUGUUCACGGCGAAGAUGAUUACACCCGAACCAGCGAUGAAUAACGAGUUCUUGUACCAGAAGAUAUUCGGAGAUGGGGAUUUCAUCGCUGCUGGGGAGUUGAUUGUACCUGUUAAUGGGAGGAAACCUAGUAAAGCGAGUAGGGAUAACACUUAUAUAUUCUACCUCAUCGAAGGAGCCAUCAACCUCAAAGUCCACCGAACGAGUUUCGUAAUAGCGUCAGGAGGAAUGUUCCUCAUUCCACGAGGGAACACGUAUUAUAUCGAGAACAUCUCUCAACGACCAGCGAAGUUGUUCUUUGCGCAGGCAAGGCAGGUGAACGUGGAUGAGGAGAUGCCUUUGCUGCCUGUUGUUCGUGCAGCACCUCAUUCCGGAGGAGGGGGGGGGAGGACGAAGUCGGUGGGUCCGGGAACAGGCGGUCCUACGUCGGGAAAGUCGAGUAGCUUGGCUAGGAGUUCGAGUGUUGCUAUUACUGGUGCUUCUUCUGGGGAUAAGGAGAAGAAGUCGGCGAAGCGGGCUGUGUCAUUGUCAAAAUGA